UGACUCAGUUUGCUUUCGUUAGUCUUUAUGGAAGGUUCGUAUCAGUAUUUUAUGUGGAUCGUUUUAAUGCACGUUGCUAUUUUUCCUAUCGAUAUAUUUGAUACAAUCAGGAUUAAUUUCUUCGGUGGUAACGACAGGAGAGAGGAAUGUGAGUUACCGUGUGUUAAUGAUAAUGCGUGAAUGUGAUCGUGAUACGAACAGAGAUCAAUUAGACGAAAGGUGUACUCUGUCGUGAAUAAAGUGUCAAAUGCCAGCGGACAAUGAAUACGAUGAUACGAAGCUGGAUCCUCUGCAGUCUAUUUCUGCUGGGAUACAUUCAAGAAUGCUGGCAACUCACAAUAAAAGGCGUGAACAUACCAUCAACGGUGAAAGCCAAAGACACCGAUUAUGUAAUUCUGGAUUGCGACUACGAUCUCGAAGAUACGCCGAGCAACGGAUUAGUGGUAAAAUGGUUCUUCAACGCGAACGAAGUGGCCUACCAAUGGAUAUACGGUAGGGACCCUCUGGCCGGAGAUAUUACGCGGAAGUACGUUGACUUGAAGUAUAAAGCUAGCGACAAUCCAUACACUACGUACCGAGCCAUGAAAUUGAACAAGCCCGGUAUCGAUCUUAGUGGCGAGUACAAAUGUGUCAUAUCCACUUUCGCGGAUGAGCAGUCUGCAAGUGCUUCCAUGCUUGUAUAUUCAACGGAAGAUAGAUUCGAUCUUACGUAUAAGAAGAAAACUAUAGACGAUAAAAAUGGGAUAGAGAUAACGUGUAUGGCAGAAGGACUAUAUCCACAACCCACUCUAGAUAUAUCUAUUGAGGAUGUCCCGGAAAAGCAAACAAAACCUACCAUUACACUACGGGCCGAUGGACUAUACGACAUCUUAUCACGAACGAUCUUACUUGAUGAAAAUUUACCUGAAGCAGCGAUUGUCAAAUGCUUGCUUGGUAUACCAAAGGUGAACUACAUUUCUCAUAAAGCUGUCUACUAUCCCGGAAAUUUCGUUAGUCAAUUGUCAAUUAACUUCCUUCUAGUCAUAAUCCAAAUGGCACUAAUCAACAUAUUUAAUUAAUUAUUAGACUGCCGCCUAAAGUGAAACGACUACUGAAUGCAUACAAAGAUUUGCUGUUUCAAUCGGACAUCCGUAUUGUAUCUAAAAUACUUAUCGAUAAAUACAGUGUGCCUAAAUUGUAUUACUAUACAUACCGUUAAACAUUAUUUCGCGAAAGACAGAGACAACCUCAAGACAUUGGAUAUUAAAUAUCGAUCAACUUUGGUGUUCAUUGUUCAUACUGAAAAAUUCUGUUUAUGAUUAAUUAUACACAUAUACAUAUGCUAUAUACGCACAUAUGAACAUUUUAAUAUAUCGAUAUUAAUAAAAAUAACAUAAGUAAGGAUACCUUUUAACGUGCCGUUUAAAGCGUUAUUCAUACUCAUAAUGAAAUUCUAGUUUAUCGUCGUUAACGUGGACAGUAUUUUAAAAAAUCAAAGAUGUAAGUAAAACUGUUAAUCGAAA